UUGGCACAGUGACAGUGUAACCAAUGUUGUCUUGCGCACCAAAGCCUUGAUUUGCGGCUGCUAAAAACCCUAGCUAGCUCAACCCAUUUUGCAACUUCUUCGCUUCUUCCCCUACCCCAACUUCUUACAAUACUAAAACAUUUUUUUUACCCGUUGUGUAGUCGGUGAAUUCGGACAAAGAUGUCGGACGACGAGAGAGAAGAGAAGGAGUUGGAUCUCACUAGCCCAGAGGUCGUCACCAAGUACAAGAGCGCCGCCGAAAUUGUUAACAAGGCUCUGGAAUUGGUGGUGUCUCAAUGUAAACCGAAUGCCAGGGUAGUUGAUAUUUGUGAGAAAGGCGAUGCCUUUAUCCGAGAACAAACUGGAAAUAUGUACAAGAACGUAAAGAAGAAGAUCGAGAGGGGUGUUGCUUUUCCAACUUGCAUUUCGGUGAACAAUACUGUUUGCCAUUUCUCUCCUUUGUCUAAUGAUGACACUGUUUUGGAAGACGGUGAUAUGGUGAAGAUUGAUAUGGGGUGUCAUAUAGAUGGUUUUAUUGCUGUAGUUGGACACACGCAUGUUCUUCAGGAAGGGCCAGUCACCGGUAGAGCUGCCGAUGUUAUUGCAGCCGCCAAUACAGCUGCUGAGGUUGCGUUGAGGCUUGUGAGGCCUGGAAAGAAGAACUCAGAUGUAACAGAAGCCAUUCAGAAGGUUGCUGCAGCCUAUGAUUGCAAGAUCGUCGAGGGUGUUUUGAGUCAUCAAAUGAAGCAGUUUGUGAUAGACGGAAACAAAGUUGUGCUGAGCUCGUCUAACCCUGAAACUAGAGUCGAUGAAGCAGAGUUUGAAGAAAAUGAGGUUUACUCGAUUGACAUUGUGACUAGCACGGGCGAAGGAAAGCCAAAGAUACUGGACGAGAAACAAACGACUAUUUAUAAGAGAGCGGUGGACAAAAAUUAUAACUUGAAGAUGAAAGCAUCAAGAUUCAUCUAUAGUGAAAUCAGUCAGAAGUUCCCGCUCAUGCCAUUCACAGCAAGGGACCUGGAGGAGAAACGAGCUCGUCUUGGACUGGUUGAAUGCGUUAACCACGAGCUAUUGCAGCCAUAUCCUGUUCUACACGAGAAACCCGGUGAUUUGGUUGCUCAAAUAAAAUUCACGGUUCUCUUAAUGCCCAAUGGGUCUGAUAGGAUUACCGCCCAUCCACUCCAAGAGCUGAGCGUGACAAAACCAAUAGAUGAUCCCGAGAUAAAGGCUUGGCUAGCCCUUCCAACAAAGACCAAGAAGAAAGGCGGGGGCAAGAAAAAGAAAGGCAAGAAAGGAGAUAAGACAGAAGAGGCACCACAGACCGAGCCAACGGAUGAAGCUACGAACGAAUCAAAGUCUUAGCGGAACGCCUCUUAUAUCAUUGGUCAUAAUCAAUCACUUCUGAAAAGCUCGGUUCUUUGAACGAUCAUACUGACAUGUCGAGCUGAUUGUGCUUCCUUUGAAUAUUCUUAUACAAAGCAUGGAUGAUUCCCAUCUUCCUAACUAUACUUUUUGCAGUGUUUUUGAUUGAUCUGUGGGUUCAAAUCCUUUCACCAUUUGAGGCUUCAAAAGUUCUGCAUAUUUGUCUAAAUGUGAACAAGGUUAUACAGAAAAAUUACAUGACAUUUUGAUGUAAUAUAAGAAGGAUUUGACAGGAUAAUGUCAGAAAACUGAAAACCUUAGCACUUUAGUGCA